GACUAGUUGAUUUAUGUAGAGGAAAACAAGGUCAUUCAACUCAAGUAUUCAGUAACUCUUUGAUUCAUAGUUGUUAUGGAUUUCGAAACUGUGACGGUGAGGCCUAACCAGCUAAGGUUCACUCAAGACUCCAUUGCAGAUCAUUUCAAUCUUGAGGGCGGACAGGAAUUUCUGCUAAGGGACGCUUUGAGUGACCUUCGCUCAAAUCGACUCCAGGCGAGCGUCUUUCCACUGAUAGAGGUGGCCAGAGAUGAGGAUGGUGUACUCUGGUCCAAAGAAAACAGACGCCUCUGGCUCUUUAGGAAAGCCGGCGUUUCCACCAUAGAAGUGAAUCUGUAUUCCAGGCCACUUUUCAGAGCACCUUCCGAACCCCAUUUAAGAGAGGAAAUGGGCAGGGAAGAUUACUUUCCAAGAGUAAGGAAGCGACCUGUAAUAAGGCAAAGGAACCCACCAUUCAGGGUAGAGCAAGAAAGUAUAAGGACGCCUUAUCCCUAUGGAAGGGUGGAGAGACAACCCUCACCAGAUUUCUCUUGUCGAGAGGAGGUGAGGUCGGCACAAGAGAGAGAGGCUCCACCAGUUUUCUCAUAUCGAGAAAAGGUGAGGUUGGCUCAAGAGAGACGGGACCAAAGUCGAAAUGAGGUGAGGUCAGUGCAAGAGAGACAGGUGUGGUUGGCUCAAGAGAGAUGGGACCAAAGUCGAAAUGAGAUGAUCACCUCAUUUCAAGAGAGACAGGUCCCAUCAGCUUUCUCAUUUGGAGGGGAGUUGAGGUCAGUGCAAGAGAGACAGGCCCCAUCAGCUUUCUCAUGUGGAGAGGAGUUGAAGUCAGUGCAAGAGAGACAAAUUUUAUCAAUUUUUUCAUCUCAAGAGGAGAUGAAGUCGGCACAACAGAGACAACAUUCAUCAAGUUUGUUCUAUCGAGAAGAAGAGGUGAGGUUGUCGCAAGAGCGACAACACUUACCAAUUUUAUCACGUCAAGAGGUGAUGUUGGUGCAAGACAUACAUGCUUCACCGAUUUUCUCAUGUCCAGAGGAAGUGAGGUCAGUGCAAGAGAGACAACAACCACCAUUUUUCUCAUGUGGAGAGGAGGUGAGGUUGGCACAAGAGAAACAACACCCGCUAGUUUUCUCAAGGCAAGACAAGGUGAGAUCAACAAAAAGAAGACAAUCCCCACCAAUUUCCUCAUGUCCAAAGGAGGUGAAAUCGAAGCAAGAUAGAUGGAAUCCACCUGUUUUCUCAUGUCAAGAAGAAGUGGGAUCACAACAAGAGAGACAAGCUUCACCAUCUUUCUCAUAUGAAGAGGAGGUGAGGUCAGAGCAAGAGAGACAAGGUCCACCGGAUUUGAGGUUAGAGCAAGAAAGACAAAGUCCACCAGAUCCGAGGUUAGAGCAAAAGAGACAAGAAGGUCCACCAGAUCUGAGGUCAGAGCAAGAGAGACAAGAUCCACCAGAUCCCUCUCCCAACAAAGAAACGUCUGGAUUAGGAAUGAUUCUCGUACCUGCAGCUGCAACUGUAUUAAUAUGGGUUGCGCGUAAAUGGUUUGGAUUUUAAGGCCAUUGAAAUUGAGGGUUGAAGAGGAUUUCCUUUACUUUUGGGAGUGAUUCUUCUUUUAACGCAAAUGGGAGGAAGCAAGCAUUGUCAAAUCAAACUGUGUAGUGGGGCUCCUUGUACCAAUCUCCACUACCUAACUUAAUCUUUCAUCAAUUCUGCGAAAGAAGCUGGAAAUUCACUGUGAUAGUGAAUUAAGAGAGUACUGCAAUCCACUACUUGAUUUAUAUAGAGUUAAACAAAGUGGGUAUUCUGCAACUCCUCCUCCAUUGUUGUUAUGGAUCGUGAAAGUGUGAAGGUGAGGCCGAACCAGCUAAGGUUCAGUCAGGACUCCAUUGCAGAUCAUUUCAAGCUCGGCAAUGGGAAGGAAUUUCUGCUAAAGGACGCUUUGAGUGACCUUCGCUCAAAUCGACUCAAAGCCAGCGAUUUUCCACUGAUAGAGGUGGCAAAAGAUGAGAAUGGUGUACUGUGGUCGAAUGACAACAGGCGCCUCUGGCUGUUUAGAAAAGCUCAAAUUUCCACAGUAGAAGUGAAUCUGUAUUCCAGGCCACUUUUCAGAGCACCUCCUGAACCCCAUCUGAGAGAGCGAAUGGGCAAGGAUAAUUACUUUCCAAGAGUAAGAAAGCGACCUUUGAAUGCCCAGAGGAACCCACCAUCGCAACAAGGUAAAAAGGCGCCGCCGCCGGUUUUCUCAUGUGGAGAGGAGGUGAGAUCGGAGCAGGAAAGACGGGCGCCGCCGGUUUUCUCACGCCGAGAGGAGGUGAGAUCGGCGCAAGAGAGGCGGGCGCCGCCGGUUUUCUCAUAUCGAGAGGAGGUGAGGGCUGAGCAACGCCCACCGGAAACGCCCAGUUUGGGAGAGAUACUCAUACUUGCAGCCCUUACUGUAUUGAUAUGGGGUGUGCGUAAAUUGUUUGGAUUUCGAGGUAGCUGAAACUGUGAUGAAGUGUUUUUUUCUUUUUUCUUUGCAGGAGGUUUUCUAUAUGUUAAGUUUUUUAUGGAUCAGUUAAGAUACAUAUUUAGGAUCUGUUUUAAAGGGUUUUUGGUCUAUUAGUGAAGUUGAAUAGUUUCAAACUAGUUCAUUGUAGUUAUUUUGGAUUUUUUUUGACAUAUUGUGUAUAUAAAUCAAGGACAAGUGAAAUCUUUUUAGUUAUAAGUUGGAUUAUAAUAGACCUUGAUUGGAUUACAAUGGAUCCUGAUAUUUUGUCUUCAGAGACCUAAUGAAUUUCUUAAGAGUAUAAGAAGUUUCUUAAGAUCAUUAA